AUGUCGAAGUACAAUCAAGACAUCGAGUAUGCGGCCCAAUCCGACCCGUAUGAUCCGGACAACAAACCUAUCCUCCAGCCGCAACUCAAUGUUGGAGGCCAUGGUGCUACGCAGCGCCGACUGAAGGACUACCAUGUUACUAUGAUCGGCUUCUGCUCUGGCAUCGGGACAGGUCUUUUCAUCGGAACCGGUUCUGCGUACGCAAAUGCUGGACCAGCAGGCCUCUUACUUGCCUACAUUAUUGUUGGUAGCGUCCUGUGGUGUGUUAUGCAAAGUGUUGCUGAGCUGGCCACCGUGAUUCCUACGGCUGGUUCCUUCCCUCACUUUGCGACACGUUUUAUCGAUCCCGCAGUCGGUUUCUCCUUGGCUAUCAGUUACGGUUAUUGUUACACCAUAUCUAUUGCAGCCGAGGCUUCAGCAUCAGCUAUUCUUGUAAGUUACUGGACCGAUAUGACUCCUGCAGUCGUCAUCACGAUUAGUCUUGUCCUCAUCCUUGCCGUCAACCUACUGAGCGUACGCUGGUUUGGCGAGUCCGAAGUCAUAGCUGGAACCAUCAAAGUCGCCUGCUUCCUCGGCCUUGUCAUCGUUUCCAUCGUCAUCACAUCUGGCGGCGCACCGAAUGGACAAACUACUGGAUUCCGCUACUGGCAUAAUCCUGGUGCAUGGGUCGACUAUAACGGCAUUACCGGAUCCACUGGCCACUUCCUGGGCUUCCUGGCUGCGUUUGUCAAUGCUUCCUUCUCGUUCAUUGGCGUUGAGGUCGUGGUCAUCACAGCAGCUGAGAGUAUAAACCCUCACAAGGCCAUCCCACGAUCUGCUACCAACGUCACCUAUCGCAUUGCACUAUUCUACGUCCUGGGAGCUCUGCUUAUCGGUUUGAUUGUCAACCCCACCAAUCCCCACCUCGUCUCUGGCACCGGAAACGCCAACUCAUCGCCCUGGGUCAUCGCUAUCAAUGAAGCUGGUAUUGUCGCGCUCCCCUCCAUCGUCAACGCCUGCAUCCUUGUUUCAGCAUGGUCUGCAGGCAACUCAUACUGCUGGGUUGGAUCUCGCAUGGUCGUAGCCAUGACUACGGACGGCCAGUUGCCGCAGUUCUUCGGUCGCACCUGGAAGAAUGGCGUCCCUUAUGUCGCAGUCGUUGCUGCUUGGCUUUUCGGACCUCUGGCAUACUUGAGUCUUGGCACCGGUGGCGCCUCACAAGCUUUCAGCUGGCUGAUGAAUCUGAGUACUGUUGCCGGGCUAAUCGCAUGGGCGACAUUGUGCUUCUGCUACAUUCGUUUCUAUGCUGCAAUGAAGAAACAGAAAGUCAGCCGCGAGACAUUGCCGUGGAAGAGCCCCUUCCAGCCGUUCACCGCGUGGUAUGGAUUCAUCGGCGCCACAAUCAUCACCUUGAUCACUGGGUUCCCCGUGUUCCUGAAAAGUAACUGGAGUACGGCAGACUUCAUCGCAUCGUAUGUCGGCAUUCCCAUCUUCAUCGUCCCUAUCAUCAUUUGGAAGCUGGUGUACAAAACGAAGUUUGCUCGUGCAAAGACCAUUGAUUUGUACUCUGGACGCCUUCAACAAGCUUAA